GGAAAUGAGUCCCCCUAAGUAAGUAUGAAUUUGGCAGCAGAAGACGGCACUGCAGUCUGCAGUAGCAGCGAAGCAAAGAAAUAGAGGAGAAUAAAAAUAAAAUACAUCAGCGUUCAGCACUGCCACUCACUCACUCACUCUGGAUCUACGAAGAAGAAGAUGGAUUCCGGUGGUGGUUCAGGUCCGAGUCUGUUUCCGUUGCAUCGUUGCAAAACCAUUCACCUGGUGAGGCACGCGCAGGGGAUCCACAACGUCGACGGUGACAAGAACUACAAAGCCUACAUGAAUCCCGAUUACUUCGAUGCUCAUCUCACUCCCUUGGGGUGGAACCAGGUUCAUUAUUUGCGAAACCAUGUUCGUCACUCCGGCCUUUUAAACAGGAUCGAUCUCGUCAUUGCAUCUCCCUUGUUGAGCUUGGUUAUUAGUGCCUUGGAAAUCAAACUUGAUGGUGAGCUCAAGCAUCAUCUCGUUGGGGCCUUCAAGGAUGAUUCCCGCACCACUUCCUUUAAUGUUAGACAAUCCGUCAACAUGUAA